UUCAGAAGGGCGUGUGGUCUCAAAUUGGUAGCAAAUCUAACUGUAAACUGUAUGUACGGGCAUGGCAACUAUUGCAACAAGGGUAGUGGAGGGACUAGGCCUUGGCCACGCCAAGCUCCAUGCUUUUAGUCCCAAACACCCGUCUCCAUUUCUGGGCAAAAAGCUCAGGUCUCAGUCACUAUCACUGCCCAGUAAAAGAGCCAUCUCCAACUUGGUAUGUGCGGCAGGAGGUGGAUUUUUCAAUCUUGUUCACGAUGUUUUUUUGGGUGUUGGAGUGGGGCUGCCUUGUACAGUCAUGGAGUGCGGCGAUAUCAUAUACCGGAGUACGCUACCCCGAUCAAACGGUCUCACACUCACGGCUCCCGGCGCUAUUUUGGCUCUGGGUGCUCUGUCUUACCUGUGGGCUACACCUGGUGUGGCUCCUGGGUUCUUUGAUAUGUUUGUUCUUGCUUUUGUUGAGAGAUUGUUUAGGCCAUCUUUUAAGAAGGAGGAUUUUGUGCUGGGGAAGAAGUUGGGGGAGGGAGCUUUCGGUGUGGUUUAUAGGGUUUCAUUAGCAAAGAAACCAGGGGCAAAGGAAGGUGACUUAGUCUUGAAAAAGGCUACUGAAUAUGGUGCCGUGGAGAUUUGGAUGAAUGAGCGUGCACGAAGGGCUUGCGCAAAUAGCUGUGCCUACUUUGUCUAUGGCUUUCUUGAGAGUUCUUCAAAGAAAGGAAGUGAAUACUGGCUUCUAUGGCGGUAUGAAGGGGAGUCCACACUUACAGAUCUGAUGCUAAGUAAAGAGUUUCCAUACAACGUGGAAAGUAUGAUUCUUGGAGAGGUUCCAGACCUGCCUAAGGGGCUGGAAAGGGAAAACAAAAUCAUUCAGACAAUCAUGAGGCAGCUUUUAUUUGCAUUGGAUAGUCUCCACUCAACUGGGAUUGUUCAUAGAGAUAUUAAGCCACAAAAUAUUAUUUUUUCUGAAGGGUCUCGCACAUUCAAGAUCAUUGAUCUUGGAGCUGCAGCAGAUUUGAGAGUAGGGAUCAAUUAUAUUCCAAAGGAGUUUCUUUUGGACCCCAGAUAUGCAGCACCAGAGCAAUACAUCAUGAGCACACAAACUCCUUCUGCACCCUCAGCUCCAGUGGCAACUGCACUUUCCCCAGUCCUAUGGCAGAUGAAUUUGCCAGAUAGAUUUGACAUCUACAGUGCUGGUCUCAUUUUCCUACAAAUGGCAUUCCCAUCAUUGAGGACUGAUAGUAGCCUCAUACAAUUCAACCGCCAACUCAAGAGGUGUGAAUAUGAUUUAGUUGCAUGGAGGAAGACUGUGGAGCCUCGUGCUAGCCCUGACCUGCGGAGGGGCUUUGAGUUGUUGGAUUUAGAUGGUGGAAUAGGAUGGGAACUUCUAACGUCAAUGGUUCGUUUCAAAGCACGACGAAGAACCAGUGCAAAAGCAGCCUUAGCUCAUCCCUACUUUGAUAGGGAAGGCUUAUCAGUGCUGUCCCUCACACAGAAGCUAAGGCUGCAACUCUUUCGAGCUACACAACAGGAUUAUGGGGAAGCUGCCAAAUGGAUUAUUCGGCUAAUGGCAAAAUCAGGAACAAAGCAGGACGGUGGCUUCACUGAAGCUCAACUUCAGGAACUCAGAGAAAUACAGCCUAAGAAGAAGGGAAAUUCGCAAAGGAAUGCUCUUGCUUCCGUUCUUCGGCUGCAGAGGAAGAUAGUAAGAACACUGAAUGAGAGCAUGGAUGACCUUAGCCGACGCAGGAAGAGCCUUUGGUGGAGCAGGUGGAUCCCCAGAGAAGAAUGAAGAUUGUGAAUAUGUAUAUUUGUCUUUCUGUAAAUUAUGUGCAGCUAUCUUAACCAACUGUUUUGGUAGAAGGAAAUGAUGGUUAAGGAUGAAAGAAAUUAACCCGGCUCUCAAAUGCCGGUUCAUAGACAGCAAUUGAUUACUAAGUUGUGGAAAAAACUGAAACUUCAGAAAAGGAUUCAAACUUCUCUAUAUUGGUCCAAAAUAUUGCCAAAUCCAAAUUUCAUCA